GCUCCGCGCUGACGUUGCCCGGGAUGCGGGAAGGUUCUGCCGCCUUCGCCGCCUGCGCCUCUCUUACCAUUCGGGUUUGUAUGAAAACACCGGUGGCGGUCGGCGUGGGGACCAGCCGGGAGCCCAGACAGCGGUCGCCGGUGCUGCCCGCGCGGAGCCGGCACCCGCCGGUUCGGCGCCCCUGCGAAGCCGAUCAUCUGCAAUGGUGAAAUGAAGUAACUGAAGAUGAGCAAGUUAAAAGUGAUAUCAGAGAAAAGUGUUACCAAUAAUUCACGGAUUGUGGGACUCUUGGCUCAGCUGGAGAAGAUCAGUACUGAAUCUUCAGAAUCAGACACUGCUAGACAUGUUACAUCAAAAAUUCUUCAUCUGGUUCAAAGUCAAGAAAAAACAAGGAAAGAAAUGACAACCAAAGGUUCUACAGCAGUAGAUAGUCUGCUGUCAACAUUAGAGAACAUGAAAGAUCUUCAAACUACACUAAAUAUUUUAAACAUUCUUGUUGAGCUGGUGUCAGCUGGUGGAGGUCGAAGAACAAGUUUCUUAGUUGCCAAAGGUGGUUCACAGAUCCUGUUACAGCUACUGGUGAAUGCCAGCAAAGAAUCUCCCCCACACGAAGAGCUGAUGGUACAGGUUCAUUCUGUUCUUGCCAAGAUUGGACCGAAAGAUAAAAAAUUUGGAGUGAAAGCUAGAAUAAAUGGGGCUCUGAAUAUAACCCUGAAUUUGGUCAAACAAAAUCUGCAGAAUCAUCGAUUGGUUUUACCUUGUCUUCAGCUUUUACGAGUUUAUUCUGCCAACUCUGUGAAUUCAGUAACUUUAGGGAAGAAUGGAGUUGUGGAACUGAUGUUUAAAAUCGUUGGACCAUUUAGUAAGAAGAAUUCAGGUCUUAUGAAGGUUGCUUUAGACACUCUUGCUGCAUUGCUAAAAUCAAAAACAAAUGCCAGGAGAGCUGUAGACAGAGGAUUUGUCCAAGUGCUUUUAACAAUUUAUGUAGAUUGGCACCGCCAUGAUAAUCGACAUAGAAACAUGCUUAUUCGGAAAGGAAUUUUGCAGAGCUUAAAAAGUGUUACGAACAUCAAGUUGGGAAGAAAAGCAUUUAUCAAUGCCAAUGGGAUGAAGAUUCUGUAUAACACUUCACAAGAGUGUUUGGCAGUCCGGACUCUUGAUCCUCUUGUCAAUACCUCCAGUCUGAUAAUGAGAAAGUGUUUUCCAAAAAAUCGCCUACCACUUCCAACAAUUAAAAGCUCUUUCCAUUUUGAGUUACCAGUGAUGCCUGUGAGUGGACCUGUAGCCCAGCUUUAUAGUUUACCUCCUGAAGUGGAUGACGUAGUAGAUGAAAGUGAUGACAACGAUGAUACUGAUUUAGAAGCUGAGAAUGAAAUUGAAAAUGAAGAUGACCUAGAUCGAAAUUUUAAGAAUGAUGAUAUUGAAACAGAUAUUAACAAAUUAAAACCACAGCAAGUACCAGGACGAACAAUAGAUGAACUAAAAAUGUAUGAACACCUCUUUCCUGAGCUUGUUGAUGAUUUUCAGGACUAUGAUUUAAUCUCCAAAGAACCAAAGCCUUUUGCAUUUGACGGGAAAGUACGCGGCCCCAUUAUUGUUCCCACAGCUGGAGAGGAAGCAUCUGGGAGUGUGGGCCUUGUCAGAACAGGGGUGGCACUGAAGGAGAAAGUACCUCCUCCUGACAGAGAGGCAGGGGAGGGGAAGCCGGCCUCUGUGGGUGCAGCAGAAGACAGCCGAGGGAGUGACAGAGCACUGCAGCAGCAGCUGGAUGGUCAGACCAGAGCUGUUCCGUCUGUCUCUGGUGGAAGCAGUGAUAUUGUGAAGGCUUUGGACCGAAUCACACUGCAGAAUAUUCCCUCACAGACAGCCCCAGGCUUGGCUGCAGGAUUGAAGAAGGACUGUGGUCUCCCCCUGACUGUCCUUACAUGCACCAAAGCAUGUCCUCCUCACAUGGCUACUUGUGGAAAUGUUCUGUUUGAGGGACGGACAGUGCAGCUGGGAAAGCUCUGCUGUACUGGGGUUGAAACUGAAGAUGAUGAAGAUACUGAGUCUAACUCAUCAGUUGAACAGCCGUCAGUUGAACUACCUGAUGGACCAACACUUCAUGACUCAGACCUCUAUAUUGAGAUUGUGAAAAAUACAAAAUCUGUCCCCGAAUAUUCAGAGGUGGCCUAUCCUGAUUAUUUUGGUCACAUUCCGCCUCCAUUCAAAGAGCGUAUCUUAGAAAGGCCUUAUGGUGUACAAAGGACAAAAAUUGCCCAAGAUAUAGAGAGGCUAAUACAUCAGAGUGACAUCAUAGAUCGAGUGGUAUAUGAUUUAGAUAAUCCAAAUUACACCAUUCCAGAAGAAGGAGAUAUUUUGAAGUUUAACUCCAAAUUUGAAUCUGGGAAUCUACGCAAAGUAAUUCAAAUUAGAAAAAAUGAAUAUGAUCUUAUUCUUAACUCCGACAUAAACAGCAAUCAUUAUCAUCAGUGGUUUUACUUUGAAGUCAGUGGAAUGCGGCCAGGCUUGGCUUACAGGUUUAACAUCAUUAACUGUGAAAAGUCCAACAGUCAGUUUAAUUAUGGUAUGCAACCACUCAUGUAUUCAGUUCAGGAAGCAUUAAAUGCCAGACCAUGGUGGAUUCGUAUGGGAACUGACAUUUGUUACUAUAAAAAUCACUUCUCAAGAAGUUCAGUUGCUGCAGGUGGACAAAAGGGAAAGUCUUAUUAUACAAUUACUUUCACGGUCAACUUUCCACAUAAGGAUGAUGUUUGCUACUUUGCUUAUCAUUAUCCAUAUACAUAUUCAACUUUACAGGUGAGCACUCCAAAUUAA